AUAAUGUUACUACAUUUUAUUCAACAAAACAAAUAAUUGAAAUAUUAUGUUUCAAUUUAUUUAAUAUCACAAACAAUUAGCCUCGCCACCGCUAGGGUUUCCUUGCAACGUGCAAGCCCCUCGCCUAGGCGUUUCUCCCUAUUUUCUUACAGGGCUUCUCCCCCUGUUUUUCUUUUUGUUCUUCCCAUGGCUCAUCCAUGUAUGUUGGCCUGGACUUAUCACAACCUUGAAGAGGUUUAUUUGAUUUUUGGGUCAAAUCAAUUGUGCCUCCAACAAAUGCCAAACCUUGCUCUGCUCCUUGCAACACAGCAAUCAGGGAUGGAGAUGACUUUGCUCCGAAUAGAUCUAGGGUUGGGUCACUAUUCUGCGAGCAAUUGUGCAGAGAGAAGGGGUGGCUUGACUCUGUUUUUGAAGGAUGAGCUUAACCUUCAAGUUUCCUCUUUCUCGCCAUUAAUAGAUCUAGCGUUGGCUUCGUUGUUCUGUGAGCAAUUGUGCAGAGAGAAGCUAUCUCACAUUGAUGUUGUAAUAGUAGAUCUGGGUGGAUGUCAAUGGCCAUUAAUAGGGUUUUCCAGCCAACCAGAGACGGUUUCUCCUUUGUUUUGGCUGCAUUUAGGUGACAUCAAUGCUACCUUGAGCAAAUCGGAAAAGGAGAGGGGCAUUCUCAUAUUCCGGUUGGGUUCUACAUGAGGGGACAUAAGCGGGUUUUGGUGUGGAUGGUCAAAUUUACAUGCUAUGAAGGAAGCUGAUGGUGUUCUGCAAGGGCAGUAUGGUCCUCAAGUUGGUAAAGGGGCUCUAGAUCUCUUAUUAAUCUAUGGUAGCAAGGGCUUCAUGAAGAUUGGAACAGAUGGGCACAUGUUUGGGUGCACUUGCAGACGAAUAAGGUACCAGGCGACUG